CUAAGCCAGGAGCGUGGGGCAAGGGGAGACGCGGGAGUCAGGGGGUCUCCAUGUGAGGGGAGGGAUUCUCUCUCUCAGAAUCAGCUGCUGUGUCAUGGGGAGGGGCUGCUGUUAAGGAAGAAGAGCUGGAGCAUGGAGUCCCAGGCAUCUGAGAAUGGAAGCCAGACCUCCUCCGGGGUGACAGAUGACUACAGCAGCUGGUACAUCGAGGAACCUCUAGGAGCUGAGGAGGUGCAGCCAGAGGGGGUGACUCCCCCUUGCCAGCCCACUGCACCCCCUGCCCUGCUCCAUGCCUGCCUGGCUUCACUGUCGCUCCUGGUCCUGCUGCUGCUGACCUUGCUGGUGAGACGUCGCAGGCUUGGGCCACGCUGUGGUCAUCGCAGACCUGGACUGCCCAGCCCUGUGGAUUUCUUGGCUGGGGACCUAUCCUGGACAGUGCCUGCUGCUGUCUUUGUGGUCCUCUUCAGCAACCUGUGCCUGUUGCUCCCUGAUGAGAACCCACUGCCUUUCCUGAACCUCACCGCAGCAUCCAGUCCAGAUGGAGAGAUGGAGGCAUCAAGAGGGCCCUGGAAGCUACUGGCUCUGCUCUACUAUCCGGCCCUCUACUACCCUCUGGCUGCUUGUGCUACAGCAGGGCACCAAGUUGCGUACCUACUGGGUACUGUGUUAUCUUGGGCCCACUUCGGUGUUCAGGGGCUGCAGACCAGCUACUCCGAGAAGUAUCUGAGAACUCUACUUUGCUCAAAGAAGCUGGACAGCUGCUCCCAUCCUGCCUCCAAGCGUAGCCUCUUGUCUCGGGCCUGGGCCUUCUCCCAUCAUUCCAUCUACACUCCACAGCCAGGAUUCCGCCUGCCCUUGAAGCUGGUGAUCUCGGCCACCCUGACAGGAACAGCCACUUACCAGGUGGCCCUGCUGCUGCUGGUGAGUGUGGUGCCUACUGUGCAGAAGGUGAGGGCGGGGAUCAACACGGAUGUCUCCUACCUGCUGGCUGGCUUUGGGAUCGUGCUCUCUGAAGACAGGCAGGAGGUGGUCGAGCUGGUGAAACAUCACCUAUGGACUGUGGAAGCAUGUUAUAUCUCAGCUCUGGUCUUGUCCUGCGCAUUAACCUUCCUGCUCCUGAUCCGUUCCCUGAGGACACACAGGGCCAACCUUCAAGCACUACACCGAGGGGCUGCCCUGGAUCUGGGACCCCCUCUUCAGAGUAUUCACCCCUCUCGCCAAGCCAUAGUCAGCUGGAUGAGUUUCAGUGCCUACCAGACGGCCUUCAGCUGCCUUGGGCUCCUGGUGCAGCAGGUCAUCUUCUUCUUGGGGACCACAGCCCUGGCCUUCCUGGUGUUUGUGCCUUUACUGCAUGGCAGGAAUCUCCUGCUCCUGCGAUCCCUGGAAUCCACGUGGCCCUUCUGGCUGACUCUGGCCUUAGCUGUAAUCCUGCAGAAUGUAGCAGCCAACUGGAUCUUCCUAAAGACUCACCAUGGAUACCCAGAGCUGACCAACCGGCGCAUGCUCUUCGUAGCUACUUUUCUUCUCUUCCCCGUCAACGUGCUGGUGGGAGCCGUAAUGGCCGUCUGGCGGGUGCUCCUCUCUUCUCUCUACAACACUGUUCACCUCGGCCAGCUGGACCUCAGCCUGCUGCCGCAGAGAGCAGCUUCCCUGGAUCCAGGCUACCACACAUACCGAAACUUCCUGAGGAUUGAGGCCAGCCAGUCACACCCGGGAGUCAUCGCCUUCUGUGCACUGCUCCUCCAUGCGCCGCCGAGUCCACAGCCCCGGCCCCCACUGGCCCCUCAGGACAGCCUCAGACCGGCAGAAGAAGAAGAAGGGAUGCAGUUGCUACAGACCAAGGACCUGCUGGCCAAGGGAGCAGGACCCAAAGGCAGCCAGAGCAGGGCCCGCUGGGGUCUGGCCUACACAUUGCUCCACAACCCAAGCCUGCAGGCCUUCCGGAAGGCAGCCCUUACUAGUGCCAAGGCCAAUGGCAUCCAGCCCUGAGCAUGAAGAAAA